CAGAAGGAAAAAUAAUCCCAUCAAAUAGAGGUGGUAUUGGCACUGCUGAAAUUUCCGAAUUAUUUACCCAAGUCCACCACCUGUGUUUUAGCAAAUGAAUUUCAGGUGUGCAGAAAAAUACUGGUAACAAUGGCAUUAACUCCGUAUCAAAGCAACAAAAAAACUAUAUACAGCAGAGUUGAAAACCGAGACUCAGAGAUGGAGCGCAUGUCUCGCCAUCGGAAAAUGUUCAGCAAGGGAUUGAAUGAACAACGUUUGUCUGAGAAGUACACCGAUUUCACUGUUGUUUCUGACGAUCAAAAGGAAUUUCAAUGCCAUAAAGUGGUGCUUGCUGCAGUCUCCCCGUUCUUUGACACGAUGUUCCAGAACGAAAUGCAGGAGAUGCAGCUUGGGAAGGUGGAUUUACCGUUCAGUGCUGAAACAAUUGAUCUUAUUCUGCAAUACAUAUAUACCGGACAAAAUGUCAUAACUGAUCAGAAUGCCGUACCACCACUGUAUUACGCCGCAAAUUACCUACAGAUAGCUGCCCUUGUUUGUGACUGUGAGGAAUUUCUUUCCAAGGGCAGUUACCCUGAUAUAAGCCUUGAAAUUUGGCAAGUAGCAAAGAAUUUUGGAAAUCAAGAAGUCGCCGAGAUCGCAAAAAGUGUUGUUCUUCAAAAUUUUAGCAUAUAUUGCGACGUAGACAGCAUAGGUAGAAUUGGGAUAGAAGACCUGAAGGUCUUACUGCAAGAUAAAAUGGCAAACUGCAGCGGGACGGUUAAAUGUAAAGCGGCAUGGAUAUGGCUCGUAGCUCAGGAUAGCGCAGACACUGAUGUCGCAAGGAACGUGAUAGGCGGUCUCGUUGCCUCGGAGAAUGUUGACAACGAAGAUAUACUAGACAUUUGUCAGAAUGACUGGGACGUGUUAGUCGCGUCGGUCGACUUUGAAAGACUUACAUUCUCAAGAACGCUUUGGGAAACUGCUUGUAAAGAGUUGUGGAUACAGCCGGAAAAAAUGCUGGACGCGAGUCAUAUGUCUUUGAAUGAAUGUCUUAUUGUUGUUGGUGGAACUCCGUUAGAGGAAAGCAGGCUGACUUUGUUUAACUUCAAGAGGAAGGUGUGGUAUGAUCUGGAGGCUGAGAAAAAACGUGAACUUGGACACCGUUACGCAUUAUGUUCACUUGGAAGUUUCCUGUACCUAAGUGGUGGAACUAAAAAUCAAAAAGGUUUUAUGUGUUUUAAUGCAGACACAAAAACAUGGGACCGCCAAGAAGACCUCCCGGUCGGCCGAGAACAACACAUUAUGUGUACAGUUCCGGAGAACACCAUUAGGUCUGAGCAACGUACAGUUGAGCGAAAAAUUUAUGUUCUUGGAGGCACUUCACAGCAAGAGCCAUGUCUAAAAGAUGUUCAUGUUUAUGAUAUAGGAAGGAUGGUGUGGUCGAAAUGUGGUGACGUUGCUUACGCGGUUGCGGCGGCAUGCUCAACAGUGGUGAGCAGAAGAAUAUACUUGUUAGGUGGCGCUUUGAUCACCGAAAGUAGCCCUAGAACACCGUCAGAUGUGAUCCAAUGCUUUGAUACCAGUAACGGCUACAGCUGGAAAAUAGAUUUAAAACUUCCGUUCAAAGCCAAGUCCCAAAAAAUGGAGGUUGUUUGCUUCGAUAGCGACCAAGUUUCGCACCAAGAAUACGUCGUAUACAACAAGAAAAUAUACAAACUGAAAUUCGACAAGCAUAAUGGAAAUAUAGAAGAGGCUUGCACAGUUCCAAAUUCUCCCACUAAAAGUUUCGCAGUGUCUAAUUUUGGGGACAAGUUCUUCAUUUUUGGGGGAGAGGACGACAGUUUUAAGGGCUCAAAAGACAUGUUACAAUAUGACAUUAAAACUAGACAAAUUGUCACACUUCCGAUAAAAACGCCAUUCGAAAUGAAAGACUUUGUCCACACUAAAAUACCGGUGCCGGAGUCCUGGGUUCUGACGGAGUUAUCGGAGUAACGUUGGAAUAGAUGCAUGUUUAUUUAACCUGGCCGUUCACAGAUCAUAAGUUGCGUCGUCCGAUUUUUUCAAAGGUCUUGUUUAAAAAGCCAUAAAGUAUGUAAAAUGUAUAUAUUCAGCACUCUGGUUUAACAAAACCAGCGAGUAACUGUUAGACAGACGUUUUAAUAUCUGUUCAUGUUAAAAAAAAGAAUAUCGGAAAAUAGGCAAUAGUCAGAUGUUAUGUUCAACCACCCUAAAGGUUUCACUUAAGGACGGAUCCAGGUGGAGGUGAAGGGAUUGUGCUGGCUGACUGUGCAUGCGGGGAGCAUAUAUUUUUUGAUGAUAUCUGUCAUUUAAGUCAACUUUUCGUCUCGCUUCGCUCUCCGAAUUUUUUAUCAGUAGUAACUUUAAUUGCUUAAGUGGUACGUGUCAUUUAUAUAACAUUUUAUUCGUAUUGGUAAGUCCAAACUAAAAACUAACCAGAAUUCAGCAUUUUAAAAAUCACCGAUGGUGAUCAAACCUACAGUAAUGGACAACCGUAUAUACUUAGUUAUCAUUGUUAAAAUCCUCUACUAUUCAGGAUUUUGCAUUCACACUUUUCAAAAUGUUCACUACGGAGGAACCUAUCUCUUAUACAGUACUGUUACAACACUUCCUAAAAGAAGAGGGCUCAGAAGGCCCUGUAUCGCUUA